AUGAUGCUGCGCUAUUCGAUCUAUAUACUAGCUUUGCUUCUGAGUGUUACCUCUCUAUGUGUGGCAUCUGAAGAGGCUCAGGGUGCAGGUGGUGAUCGUGUUCCUGAAUCUGAAACUAAACUACUUUCUCAGAUAGAGGAAAAGGUUGAACCUUCUCCUGGUAAACCUGGGCCUCAGGGUCCUGCUGGUAAAGAUGGUUCUCCUGUUACUUGUCCUGGUACUGACGGUGCUACUGUCGGUAGUUGUCCUCCUGCUGCUGGUAAAGUUACUGGUGUUGUUGUGCCUGGUCAAGUAGGUGCAGGUGCUGGUGGUCCUUCUGGUGGGAGUUCAGGUUCGAGUUCAUCCAGUUCCUCUUCUCAUACUGCACAGCUUGGUGAUCCUCACACAAAAAAUGUAAACGAAGAAGAUCCACCAAAUGGAGAAAACGACAGAACUUCGUUAGACAAUAAAUCACAAGGGCGCGUUGGGAGGGAAGCACAGACACAAGAAGAAAAUACUCAUAAUGACCUAUCACCAUCAUCCACUAAAGGCGGUGAAAGUGAGUCUUCUGCUUUGCAAGACACUACUUUGAAACAAGAGCAACAGUCACCAGCAACCACAGUGAACUCUCAAUCACAAACGCAGUCAAAUGAGACACAAACUGCACAGACCACGCACACAACAGGAGAAGCACCUUCUGCUUCCACAUCCCAUAAUACAGAUAACGCUUCCACCAAGAAUCCAUCUACGGAUACCACCCAAAAUAAUCACUCUGGUAAUGAACCUAAUGUUGCAAACCCCGCGGAAGGUGAAUCAACAAGUACCCAAGAAGAUACUGCAGAUAAUACAGAUACCACCACCACCACAACAACAACACUUCCUCCUGAACUCACAAACAACAAGAAGGGUGAUGCAGACAGCAGCAGCAGUAUCAGCAGUUCUGUGUGGGUGCGUGUACCACUACUGAUUGUGGUUACACUGGCCUGUAUUCUUGUGUGCUGA